AAGCUUAGUCCUAGUCACACCUUCAUAGUUCCUAGCUAGCUUUUCCCUUCAGUAACACACAAAGAGCUUUUAUUUCUGAAACCAAAACAUGGGUGGAAAUUCACCAUGCGCUUCCUGCAAGUUACUGAGGCGCCGAUGCGCCAAAGACUGCAUUUUUGCUCCUUACUUUCCAUCUGAUGACCCCCACAAGUUUGCCAUUGUUCACAAGGUCUUUGGUGCUAGCAAUGUUAGCAAAAUGUUGCAGGAGCUUCCAGUUCAUCAGAGAGCAGACGCAGUGAGCAGCCUAGUCUACGAGGCAAACGCAAGAGUGAGAGACCCUGUUUAUGGGUGUGUUGGAGCCAUAUCUUUCCUGCAAAACCAGGUCUCUCAGUUACAAAUGCAGCUAGCUGUGGCUCAAGCAGAGAUACUCUGCACCCAGAUGCAGCAAGAGCCAGUUAUGCCAACCCCACAGAUGGACCCAGAUGACAAAUCAUCAUACUUAUUCCACGAUAGCCUCCCUCAGUACCUUAAUUUUUCAUCCUCUAGCAAUGUAAUUCAUGACUCUUUCAAGAGAGAGAGCAUUUUUGGACAUGACAUGGUUUCUUAGUAAAAUGGUUUUCAAUAAAAUGGUUUUCAUGUUUUACUCUA